AGUUGCAGUCGCGCGGGGACAAUGGCCGCGCGGGAGAGCUGCUUGUGGUUGCUCGGGAGACGGACCCUCCUCGCGCUCUGGCUGUGCGCGCUUGUGGCGCGUGGAGCUGAGGAUGACGGCACCUUUAGCGCAGAGUCAUGGCUCAGAAGGUACGGUUACCUGCCUCAGGCGAGCAGACAGAUGUCGACAAUGCGAUCGGCACAGAUCUUGUCCAAUGCCAUCGGCGACAUGCAACGUUUCUACGGCCUGGAGGUCACUGGACACAUGGACCCUGAAACCAUCAGCGCCAUGAGGAGACCCCGCUGUGGUGUGCCUGACAAGUUUGGAGGGCAGAUCAAAACCAACGUGCGGCGGAAACGCUAUGCACUCACUGGACAUAAAUGGAACAAGAACCACCUCACUUACAGCAUCCAGAAUUACACUCCUAAGAUCGGAGAGUAUAACUCGUAUGAGGCCAUCCGACGGGCCUUUAAAGUCUGGGAGGGCGUCACCCCAUUGACCUUUGAGGAAAUCCCCUACCAGGAGAUCAAAUAUGGACGCCGCAAGGAGCCCGACAUCAUGAUCUUCUUUGCUUCGGGCUUUCAUGGAGAUAGUUCUCCUUUUGACGGGGAGGGGGGCUUUCUAGCGCAUGCCUACUUCCCUGGACCCGGGAUGGGAGGAGACACACACUUUGACUCGGAUGAACCAUGGACCAUAGGAAACCACAAUGUGCAAGGUAAUGACCUCUUCCUGGUGGCAAUCCAUGAGCUUGGUCACGCCCUGGGCUUGGAGCACUCCAACAACCCGCUGGCCAUCAUGGCUCCAUUUUACCAGUGGAUGGAGACUGAGAACUUCCAACUACCUGAGGACGACCGGCGGGGCAUACAGCAGAUAUAUGGUCAGCCAGACAGCGGCCCCACCCAGGCCCUGCCUACGGUCACACCCCGUCGUCCAGAGCCCAGGCCCCCUCAAACACCUCCUCGUCACCCUGACCGCCCCAGGACCACUGAAAGGCCAGACCACUAUGGACCAAAUAUCUGUGAAGGAAACUUUGAUACUGUUGCCAUGCUGCGAGGAGAGAUGUUUGUUUUUAAGGGCCGUUGGUUCUGGCGGGUGCGUAGAAACAGGGUUCUUGAUAACUACCCAAUGCCUAUCGGUCAUUUCUGGAGAGGUCUGCCUGGAGACAUAGAUGCUGCCUAUGAGCGACACGACGGCAAGUUCGUCUUCUUCAAAGGCAACAGAUUCUGGCUGUUUAGAGAGGCCAACCUGGAACCAGGCUAUCCACUGGAGCUGACUGAUUAUGGUCAAGAUAUUCCCUAUGACCGAAUAGACACGGCCAUCUGGUGGGAGCCAUCUGGCUACACGUACUUCUUUCAGGGAGACUGGUACUGGCGCUUCAACGAACAGUCGCGAACCGCCGACAAAGGGUACCCGAAACCGAUCAGCAUCUGGGGAACGUCCGUGCCCUCCACGCCCAAGGGGGCUUUCCUCAGUGAUGAUGGAGCUUACACCUUCUUCUACAAGGGUUCCAAAUACUGGAAAUUCGACAAUCACCGCAUGAAGAGCGAACCGGGCUACCCCAAGUCCAUCCUCCGGGACUUCAUGGGCUGCAGCGUGGACCUGGAUCCGGACAGGGACGCGGACGCGGGGCGCAAAUACCCCGAUGUGAACCGCCCGCCGUUCAACCCAGACGCAGGACGAGACGGCGACAAGGGCAAGGACCGGGACAGAAUGGACAAAGGCACGGACAGCGACGCGGGCAAAGGCGCCGACAAGGACAAGGACGAAGACUACCGCGAGGGACGCGAGGAAGACACCAACGAGGUGGACGUGGUGCUGAAGGUGGACGACAGCGAGCAGCGGACCAUGAACAUCUUGAUGGUUACCAUCCCACUGGUCCUGGUGCUGUGCAUCUUGGGACUGAUCUACGCCAUCAUCAACACGCUGCAGAGCAAAGGGGCGCCGCGGCUGCUGGUGCACUGCAAGCGCUCGCUGCAGGACUGGGUCUGAGCCUCGACAAGAGGGGACACUUUGAAAACUUUAAGUCAGACUUUAGACGCCUCCUCUAACUCCUCCCACUGAUCCAUCUGUCUCAAGUCUCUGCUCAGUGGCUCUUGCAUCUCCUAGUACAAGCGGUAGUAGAUUCAUGCAAACACUGUACUGAUACGCAACAACAAACUAGACAUGACAUCACACACACACACACACACACACACACACACACACACACACACACACACACACACACACACACACACACACACACACACACACACACACACACACACCACUCUAACCUCCUCUAGUCUCCCAUGGUGCUCUACAAUGCGUUGACUAUAGUCUAUUUAUAUGAGAGAAGUUUGCACAUAUUUUUGUUUGUUUGUUUUCGUUUUGGUUCAUUUCGUAUGUUCUUUUUGUCGCUCUAUUCUCCUAUGGCUGCACCGCCCUCGUCCUUCCCCUGAUCCCUGAUCUCAGUAGGGGCUUUUUGCUCACUGACAUCUGCUUGUGCUAUUACUUGUGCCACACGCGAAAAAAAAAAAAACAGCUUGAGGAAAGAGAGAGUGAUUUGUUGCCAGACCUGUAUCUUCAGGUAACUUCUUCAUCUCACUCCUCCAUGGGUUGGGAGGUGGGUCAGAAACAGGGAAACAGUUCAGGUUAGUACAGAAGCCCUAUGUUGUAGCAUACAGACAGUGGAAAGUGACUCUUCUAUCUCCUUCAUUUACUUUGUGCAUUUUUCUAGGCCCUAUCGACCUUCUGACCCAACUCAUCUAUGCAACAGAGCAUUUUCUCUUAUUAUGAUGUAUUGCCCCAGAGCCUGUGUGUGUGGCCAUGUCAGGAUUUGUGUCACCUUUAGGGAAAAUGGCUACAUUCUGUAGGUUUUCCUUCUUUAUGCUCAGCCAGCUGGACGUUUGAACUACCUUCUCUCAUUUCCUUAUUUGGAGACCUUUCAAUGACUUCAGUAGUUGAAAAGGUAAACAGACUUUAAAGGGGAUCUCUUCCUUUAACCCUCGUUAAUGUGUCUGAUUCCCAGAGAACCUCUUUUAUGUCAACAGUAAGACCUUUCCUCUGUGCUCCGGGGGAGACGGGUAAUGGUUAAUUUAAAGCGUCAGCUCACUGUGAAACUGCACGGGGAGAGGGGGCGCUCAUUGCGUCCGCGUGUUCGUGCCAUAAAACCGGGGAGAAACAAAGCGAAGCCGCGGCCUUUAGCUUUGGGACAGGAUGUGACACCACAAAUGCAGCGGUCCGUCGCCGGGCGCAGCUAAUGUACCGUGCAGCCUGUAAUGGGCUUUUUACUGCUUGGGCUUUUUUAAAAGAACCAUUGAAGAAGAGUCAUUGAUUACCUGUGGAGGCUCCGCCGUAAAGAUAGCGUGGCUGGAGGCUGCAGGGUGGGCUCGCGACACGCUGGCUGACGUGAACAGAGACUAAUCCUCUUCAUUAAAACACAGCAGGUGUGUGCAAAUGCUGUUAACCCCCGUGACCCCCAAACUAAACCUUUAACUCCAAGAAUCAAACCGCCACCGAUGUCUUUUCAUCUUCUGAAAUCAGAUGAAAAAGAGUGUGUGCCCGGAAUAAUGUCCAUCUCCACUAAUGUGACGGUUUUACAUUCUAGUUUGCAGAGUUUUCUUAGGUCGGGUGCCUUCAUUUAAACAGUGCAGCUCCAUUUCAGGACAUUAAAGGAGUCUAGUCCCAAUUGAGAAAGUGAGCUGUCCUCAUCCUUUUUUAAUGCAAGUACAAUGGGCCUGGGAGCCGGCCUGGGUUCGUGCAGACUUGGAAGCGAGUGUGAACUGAGGUGGCAUCAAGAAGUGAGCUCCCGCUCCGACCAGAGGGGGCCCAGCUCGGGUUACGCACAUGUGCACGCAAGGGGUGAGGAGAGACCUCAUUUCCUGCAGCUGAGAGAAGGGGAGGGGGUGGGAGAGUGAGCUGACCCCGACUCCCUUAGCUCGCAAAGUUUAUAUCUCAGGAACAAGGAGGGGUGGGAAGCGAGGGCGGGGGGUGGGGGGGGGGGGGGGGCUUUGAUGGCUCUGUCCCGCUGGCAGCAGCCCAUGUGACCUACAUUCUCCUGCUACAGUAGCCCCACAGCAGAGAGAGGAAACUUCAGCUUUACAGUAGGCGACCCAGGCUUUUAUGGAUGUUUGCUUUAAAUGCUUGUACACGUUUUAAUACCCCUGCACUGAUUGCACCCCCCCCCCAACCUACAGAGGUAGCGUGCGUCCUGUUUGGCCUCUGGCUCGUUGAAGACAGGUUAGAAAAGGAAAAGCAGAACAAUCAGCAGAUCGCCUGAAUCUGACGGGCCAGUCAAUAGCGGUUGCCAGGAAACCGUGUCCUGUGGCCGUCUCUCACCUCCUCAUCGUCAUCAUCAUCUGGCUUGGGGGGGGGGGUGCGGUCACAGCUAAUCGCUGUUAAAGCGCCCCCGCCCUUCCCUGCUCGCUCUCCCUCCGCGUCCUGCUCCUCCAUCGGUCCCACAGACGCUGUCUGGGCUCUCGUCUGCAGACUCGCUGCUCGGUUCUCCUUCGCCGGGUCUUCGCCACUAGAGAAACCACUUUAGGAGUAGAAAAAAAAAAAUGCGUUUGAGCGCAUCCGAGUUUGACUUGAAAUUGCCGUUUCAGUGAUUCGGCGCUUUGAGGGGUUCUUAGGUGACGCACGCCGGGAUCGAAUUUAGCACAGUGCGCCGUCGCAGGAAACCAAGCAGGAGAUGCGUCCUGAGCAGCUGCGAGAGGAGCUGCCAGGUCUGAGUGAGAAAUGCGUGUUUGUGUGAGUGCUGCCCUGUCCACAGGCAAGGCCCUGUCUCUGACUGUAAAUCUCCUAUCUCUCCUUACUCCCACCCCCUUCACAUACUCAGCUCAACCCUCUAAACCCGAGGGGAUCAUAACAACAACAAUGGCCUCCUCUCUCUUUCUCGCUCUCUUCCUCUCUCAGCUCUAUCUUUAUCUCUCUCUCUCUCAUUUCUCCUCCCCCUAUUCUCUUGCUCUCUAAUACGCACACAAGCACGUUAUUGUUUUCCUCCCGCCUCACCUUCCCCUCCUUGCCCCCCCCCCCCUUAGGAAACAAUUACAGUCCGGCCUCACGUAACAGGGUCCGUUUCCAAAUCCGUUGAUCGGCGUUCUUUCCCAUGACGUACAGCUACAUAUGAUGGUAAUAUACCUGUCAGGGCUGUGGGGUUUGUUGCACAAAGACGUGGCACAUGCAGAUAUACAUGCAGUGAUGUUGAUUCCUCGCUCCCGUUGAAGCAGAGUUUGAAGUGAGGUUGGGAUAGUGCUGAGCUUUCAUCUUUCUCAGGAUGUGAUUGUGUAAACACUGCAUGUUAAAGGGCCUGGUUCAGCCCCGCUCUUCAGUCCUUCAGAAGCCCUUUCCUUUUGGUCCUUUAUUUAAUGGACAUUUUGUUUGUUAAAGUCUCCAACAACACCCGUGUUUCCCAGCACAUUUGACAGAAGGAUAAUUGCAUCAAUCCUGAAAAAGAGGAAGAAAGGAAUCAAUUCUGGUCAAGUGUGGCUUGUAGCUGCGCCCUGGAGGAUUGUGGGUUGUCAGGAUGCUUCUCUCGUUUUCCCACAGUGCUCACACAGAGCCCAUCCACUCUGAAACCACUCGUGCUCAGUCACCACUCGACCGACUCCCUCCACUCACUGCGAGGGUGGGAAAGAAAGAAAUGGACUGUGAGCGUCCGUGUCAGCUCGUUAACCUGGACGAGUUCAGCAGAUCUGUUCUGCACCGGAACUGUUGAACAGCAUCCUCCAGGAAGCUGUCUCCAUCCACUGAGUGCAGCUACAGUGGAGAGUGGACUUAUGUUGGGAUUCAUCAACUGUUGAAAAAUGUCAGCUUCCCGUCAUUACAACCUGGAGUUAAAUGUUUGAAAACAGAUGAUGUUAAAGUUCGUCUUUGAUCAUUUGUCUUAUUUUGAUUUUAUUUUGUGCAUUUUCUCUCUCCAAACUUGAUAUUUUGUGUUAACAUUCCAAUUAAUUUGUGUUUGUUUUUUUAUUUUUCUUCUGUAGAAAAUGUAAGAUUUUAUACAUUUGUUGUGUGUUCACCUCUAGUUGAGUGUGUUAACAAACCAUGCUGGACAUGUACACAUUAAAAAAAAAAUUGCUCUGAAAUAAAGAGACGUUUGGUUUGACGGUG